AUGGCUCCGCAGAACUACAAAGAAGUCUCGGCAAUCGCACGUAAACGACGAGAAGCCAGUAUUGCUGCCUUCUUCCAACCCCCCAAAGUCGAAGAGGCUUCCCUGCCUAACAAUCUCACCGAGUAUGCCCUCAACUCUGGCUACUAUACUAGCGAGGAACGCGCCAUCAUUGAGACUGAGGCCGAGGACAUCCUCAAGAAUAUCGCCAGCAAAAAAUGGACCUCCCACGAGGUGACCAAAGCUUUCUGCAAGGCUUCUGCUUACGCGCAGGAACUCACCAAUUGCGUGACCGAAGUGUUAUAUCCUGAAGCCUUCGAGCGAGCCAAGUAUCUCGACGAAUAUCUAGCCAAGAACGGGAAGACCAUUGGCCCUUUACAUGGCUUGCCCAUUUCUCUCAAGGAUUCGUUCAUCGUCCCUCCUCAUCCAGCCUCCAUAGGCAUGGCUGCCUAUGCCAAUCUUAGUACCGAUAAGGAGACCUUAAUCGUAACCGUAUUGCGGGAUCUAGGUGCCGUCUUCUAUGUGAAGACGAAUAUUCCCGUGGCCAUGAUGAUGGCAGAGAGCACCAACAAUGUCUGGGGUGAGACAAGGAACGCGUUGCACAAAGGGCUUACCCCGGGCGGCUCGUCUGGAGGUGAAGGUGCCUUGAUUGCAUUCAAAGCAUCUCCACUGGGUAUUGGUACUGAUAUUGGCGGAUCCAUAAGAAUCCCGGCAGCAUUCUCCCACAUAUACGGCCUUAAACCAUCGUUCGGUCGAUAUCCUGUAUGGGGCGGCAAAUCUGGAAUACCAGGCCAAGAGUUUAUCCUCGCAGUCAAUGGACCCAUGUCGAGAUCUUUGAAAAGCCUUCAACUAUAUUCAGAAGCCUUGCUUUCCGAACAGGUUGCGCCCUGGAAUCUCGACCAUAAGUGCUUACCCAUCCCCUGGAGAAAGAAUGUUUUACCAACAGGUCACAAACUUCGACUUGGUCUGAUUGGCAAUAACGAUGGACUAGUCCAUUGUCAUCCACCAGUGGAGCGAGCCCUCAAUAUCACAAAGCAGAAGCUUGAAGCUGCAGGCCACACUGUUAUUCCAUGGGCACCAAAGGGCCAUGACGUUCUGACAAAGAACCUCGUGGCUUCUUUCUUUGACUUGGGCGGAUCGGCUAUCGUUGAUUUACUCAAACCGUACGAGGAACCUAUCUUUCCCUCAAUGAAAGGAUAUGAGGUAGCAGCCGAGGCAGGAGAGAUUGGCGUGACGAAGAUGCGCCAAAUGGUGAUUAAACGCAACGAGCUGCAGAAGGCUUACCUGGACUACUGGAUGAGUGGUGCAGCGGACGGGAAGGGCCCGAUCGACGGCAUUGUGAUGGCUGUUGCGCCACAUGCUGCCCCAAGGCUCGGUGGCACGCAGCCUGACCUUUACAUCGGGUAUACGGGUGUUUGGAAUAUCCUUGUUUCAGAUUUCGCAUCUUGCACUUUUCCUGUCACGUUCGCGGACAAACGCCUCGACAAGCCAAGGGAUAUGAAAGAGUUCAAGCAGCUCAGCGAUAUAGAUGGGAGGAUUCAAGCUGAUUACGACCCGGAUUUCUACCACGGCGCUCCGGUUGCCCUGCAAUGCGUAGGUAAGAGGCUGGAAGAAGAGAAAGUGCUCGAAAUGACGGAAGCCAUCUCUCAAGCACUCAAGCAGUAG